AUGGUAAAACGGAAGACUAUUUCGGGUGACGAUUUGGAUGGAGAUCAGACGAUCCCAUUGCCCAUCCAGACUUUCUUCUGGCGGCAGACGAGGCCUUUCAUUCGACCAAAGUUGGAAAAGCUCUGUGAAGCAUCAUGUGUGUCUUUCGAGCGUGUGGUGGUCCAGAACAUUCUCCAUGGUUGUUCCCCGAGCCUGUGUAUGGCUAUACAGAGUGUACCUCGCUGGAAGGUUAUACAGGCCGCGUUCCCUCAUGUCAUGCAUGCCUGUUCCACUCUCCUUACAUCUUGCAAGCGAAUAAAUAUAGAUGCUAGAUUUGGUUCUAAUGAGACUAAGUUGCUGUACAUUCUCCACUGGAUUAUCCUGGAUGCUGCCUCAGAAUGUGAGGAUCAAGAGUCGGAUCCUCUCCGUAACGGAGGCCGGACCAUUGGCAAUAGUGGCUCCUCGGAACAAAUGCACUCCCUCAGUACAAUACAGCUAUUUGUGUACCUGUUUGCCCCACUUCUGGACUACAUGGAUGACACAGAUUUUCAGACGUUGAAGCUAGAGAACGGUUUAAGACUGUGGCAACCUUUAUGGGACUACAGACAGCCAGAUAUACCUUGUUUUGCAACACCUGUCAAACCACAGAGAAAUGUACUGAAGGCACAGCGAAGUCUGUUGAAGAUUAACACCAAUGCAGGCUAUGUGUACAUGGGGAAAGGGACUUCAAGGGAGAAUCUGAAUGUUGCAUGCAUGGAAAGGAGUAUCGAAUGUGAUGAGGACAACAAUCCAAGUUGUAAAACUAGUACUGGGGAAUGUACAUCACCACGGGCACCCAUCGUCACAAUGUCAAAUAUCUGUCCAUCCUCCACUGGCGGAUCACAAUCUGCCAACAUCGAGGUGAUCUGUGAGCACUGUAACACAGUCAUGUCUAUGCGUGGAGCUGGUGAUGGCAGCAGACGUUGUAGCUGUGGACGGAGGGAGAGCUCUUCCUCCUAUGACAAAAUGAAUUCACGCCACAGGCUCCCGUCACUGAUAGAUCACGACUUUGUAAAGCAGCGGUUAGUUAGUGCUGUAAACAGUGGUGUAAAGGGACCGACCACACCAGAUAUCCUGAGUGCAAGCUAUUUUGAUGUGGCAGUGUUGAGAUGUCUGUUCUGUCAGUACUGGUCUGAAGAUGGCAUAUAUUGGGCACUCAAAUACAUACAGCAGCGUCUAAUGGAGGUCUGCGAUGAAGUGUUCCGACGCACAAACACUGAUCGAGCAAGGAGUCGUUCGCUUCCUUUCUCUGACAUCAAGAUCCUUAAAAAUGGGGGACUUCCUUUCAAUCCAUUUGAAGCACACAGGAACAGCCCAGAUAAUUCAACAAAACCUACUAAAUUAUCCCCAGUGGGAGCUCCACCUGUCAAAGUACAAUUUGCCACUUCUAAGUCUCCUGGAAUCUCUACUCAGUCUUCAUCUUUUCUUCAUGGCAUGAAAGACGAUUCGUCCAGUGGUGGUACAAUGUCUACUGGGGAUGGGGAUGGUGACAAUGAUCGGGGCUCAAAGAGUCAACACUCCUCCUCUAGUAGUAAGACUGUUAAAUUCCCUCUGUCUCUCAGUGGAAUCACUUCCUUUGAUAGUGACAGAAGCAAAGGCAAUCGUAACACAUACACUAAAGCCAAGCUUCACCCCCAGGGCUUUGACAAAGAUUCUGCUACAGACAGUAGCAGUCACGAAUCCUCUGGAUCAUCCCAGCAGGGCGAAUCAACAGGCAAUGAAAUGGGCCAGAAAAAGUUUGACACCAUACCAAAACCUAUCAUCACAGUUACAGAACAUAGCUAUGAAUCCAUUUCUCCUAAAAGUCCAGUGAAUGGAAGUCACACUGAAAUAGAUGACGAUGGUAAAAAGAAAUCUGGUAUCUCUCGUAGUAUGACUGAUUCUGAUAUCAGCUAUCGCCAAGGAGACGAGGUACAUGAAGUGCCUGGAUCUAUCCACUAUAUACAGGACAAUGGUCACAUCAACUACAAGGUCAUACUCCAGGCUGUGCAUUUCAUCAGUAAUACUCAGACCAGUGACCGCAUCUGUGAGGUCCUACUCAACAUUAUGAACUGGCUCCUCGACCUGGACAUUAUAGAGCGACCCAGGGACAACCAACCAAAGACACCAACUACUCCAGCCUCAGAGGGCGACCAGCCUCAGGAGUCUGAGGAGAAGGAGGGAAGUCCAUCCCAGACUAGUACUUGUACUGAGGCCGAGGGACAGGGCGAUUCCACUGCACACAGCCUGGCCAUGGACACGAUUCUCAGCAUAUUUAAAGCUCUGGGUUGUCCCCAUGGUUGCGGUGACGGAGUCCGUGGUUCACAUGGAGACCUUCUGAGAUUAAAAGGUCAGAACUGUUUGCAGAGAUUACAAAGGGUUAAUGCAGCCUUGUUCAAGUCAUACUUGAAAGACACAAUUAAGAAAUCACCAUUACAAGACAGUGUUGACUUCCUGCACGCCUUUCUGGGCUUUUGUGUGGAGCCCUGUUUGAUUCUACAACAGAGUGAGCGAGCCGAGCGCUCAGCAUCAAAUUCACAAGCAGGCAGUAAGAAGAACAGUUGUCAGGAAUCACAGCAGAAUGGUUUUCAGAACAACUUUGGCCAUGCAAUAGGUGGAAUAGGGUAUCGUGGAGUGGAGGGGGUCCUUAUCGCAUCCAUCUUCAAGUCGUUUGUGUCCCGAUGUGUGGAGAAUAGCCGUGACCUUUACGGCAGUGACAACAUUGGUCUGUUUUGCGACGUGCGACAGUUCAUGGCCUAUGUUAAGGAGAUUCACGGAGGAACAUUCCGUCGGGUUGGCCUGGGAGGACUUCUUGAUUCACACCAUGCUCUGAAGCAGAAGGAGAAGGAACAGCAGGAAAAACUGAAACAGUCUCUUCCAAUCAGGCGUACCACAUCACAGACAUCCGAGAGUGGUGAUGAACGUGAGACGAGGCGUUCUAUAUCAACUGCAUCUGAAGAUUCGGGGAAUUACCAUGGAAAAACUCGCAAGUCCCUGUUCAAGAAAAAGCUGAAGAAAGUAACCUCUACACUAGCUCUGCAGCAGUAUGCUGCUGCCAGUGACUCGGAACUGUUGGAUGAGACCCACAGCAGCAAGCAUAACUCACCGACACCUACCACCACAGAGGACGACUCUAUAGCCAGCAAUAGUACCGGGAGACGCCGCUUCAGUAAAUUCCACCUCGGCUGGAGACGAGCCACCAAGUCUGACCAUGAAGAAGAGGCCCUGAGUGACCCACCACCCCUUGACCGCCUGGAAAGUCGCAGUGAGUUACAGUUCAACCGAGUCGCCGGUAAAGGGAAAAUGUCCUUCAAGACUGCCAGUCAUGCUACAGUCACAUUCUUAAGUGCCAGGAAACGGAUUGAGGGCGGUUUGAAAAGUCUCGGAAAACGGAUGAGUAAAAGAGGCAGUGUGGAUAACUGGAAGUCACACCAGUCAACUGCAGCAGAUGAUGCGGAGUCUGAGUCCAUACUGACCAAGGAGAAGAAGCUUGUUGAUAGGUUUCUGGUGAAAUCUGGGAUGCUGCGCUUUUCAUUCCUGCUGGAGUGCUGCCACCCAGGCUCCGUACCAGAUCCAACCCUCAUCUCCGCCAUGCUUGAAUUGGAGGCACCUGUGAUUGCCAGAGCAUCCCUGUUGUUGGAAUGUGCUCAUUUCAUCCACCGCUGUAAUCAUGGUGACUGGCCAAACUGGAUGCACCUGAACCUUCCUAGCUUCCGUCAUUCAGCCUCGGCUUUACAAAACAGAGGUCAGCCAUCUGGUUAUCGUCGAACCUUAACUUUACAGAAGGCGGCUGGACGAAUGUUCUACGCUUGGGCAGAGAACCUUGGCACUAUGCUGCAGUACAUCCUGUCCAAAGAGUAUGCAAGUAAGCUUGACGUCAUUGGAGAUGUGAGGUCUGAAGCAAGGAAACGCGAACUCCGUACAAUGGAUGACGAAGAAGACUUUUUAGAUGAAGCGACAGUAAAUGAUUCUGGUAGUACCUGUCCGUAUGCUCUCAAAAUGAUAGCCUGUCUGGUUCUCCAAGAAAUCACAACAUUUCUGAGAGAAACAUUUCGAGAUUUACCAAAAAGCAGGAGCCCGCGAAGAGAAGGAGGAUGUUGGGAACGGAACUUAACGACACGUAGAUGGAGCAGCAUUGUUAGCAGUCCAGGCCAUUCUCCAAGUUCUGAGUCCAACAUGGCCGAUAUUCCGCAUUCCUCAUCUGGUGUUGCAGUAGGGAGUCCUGGAGUCGGAGAAAGGAAGAUCAGUUUUGCCGUCCUGGGUCAUGGUGAUCGGUCUGAUUCUUUACACAGUAGUACAACAUCUAUCUCUGUACUGGACCCGACCAUGUCACCCCAUAUACCAGCAGAUGAACGCAAGGGUCGGAGACUUGCCCAAGGCAGACAAAAGUUGCUGAGGUACAACAGACGAGGUUCUACACAUAACACAAGCUUUCGUCAUAACCGGAGCUUCCGACUGAUGAGACAGACAGAGGGAAGUAUAAAACGUAUUGGGAGUGUGAAAGGACGAAAGGUUAGUAGCCAGUCCCUACAGUCUGGAGGUGAGCGAUUCCCAGAGGAGGAUGGAGUGGACGACAUGGAAUCUGUUCUGAGUGAUGAAGCAGAGAGUGGGGCUGAGUACCAGGAGACUGAUGACUACAGUCUCUGUCAGAACAUGCCCUGGAUAAAGGUUGUAGUACAGUUGGCGAACUUGUCUAACUUCAUUUGUCCCCACCAAAACUACUGUCAUCCCAACUGUUAUGAGCGACAGCGACGAUCCUGUUCUCGUCUGGUAAAUGCAAUGCGUAAAGUCUAUCUGUCCACUGAGCAUGAUCCAGAAACUCUUGAUAAAAGCAAACAAGGUCUACAAGCAGAUUUCCUGAAGGAGAGACUGAAGCGAAGGGAGUCAAUAUUCCAGCAAAGUUCUCCGACCAAGCGACGAGAGAGCACACCUCUCUUGGAAAAGAUCAAGACAGAUGUCUCCAUGAGUAAGCUGAAAAUGAAUUCUACAACAGUUAAAAAGGAAGAGAAGCCCAAGGAAGUCAAAGAGGACACUGCCAUAAUGAAGUACAUCACAUCACAGGUCCAGAAGCUGACACAGUGUCCUAUGGGAAUCCUGGCAAAGGCUGCUCCAAUCUUGACAGAGGACAACUUGAUAGAUAUCCUUCCUGUGGCGUGGGAACUAAUGUUGGAGACGGACCAGGAACUGGCAGCUGCUGCAGCAUCUGUGUUCCUGCUGUCGUCAGUUAAAACCCCAGAUAAGUCACAUGCCUUGAUCACCAAGGAACUACAGCACGAGGAGACGUGUCAGAGGAUCAACGCUGUCCUCAGGUUUGGAGUUCUUUGGAAGUUUAGACAUCAAGUUUGGCCUAGAAUGGAAGAUGGAGGAAACAUGUUCUUUAAGCUGCCACCGCCAAAUAUAGACUUUACGCUUCCCUCUCCAACUAUUGGUCUGCCGAAUCAGAUGGUGGUGGACCCGCCCUGGACUCCUCACUUCAAGGCCAAAAUAGAGGAGGUCACAGUCAACCAGGAAGGGACUAAAUCCUUAGUUACUGCGACAACCACCCGAAGGAAGGAACAACAGGAGAUGAUACGGAAAGCUCUCCAGGCAGAGGAGGAGAGGAAACGUGUCGGACGUGAAAAUUUCCCCAUGACGACUGUCUCCAUUACCCAGCUGGCAGCCUAUGAGCCGGCACUUCACCAUGCUGGGGAGGAGCAUGAAGAAGCUAUCAUACCUGAGGAGCUUAACUUGGCUGCACGGCGUGUUUCCCUUGCUCCUGUCAAUCGUGCUAACGUCCAAAGUCGUAGCUUGUCCUGGAGAAAUGGUAGUGUGCAUUGGGCCAGAUUUUUACUUGAAGGUGAAGAGGAUCGCACAGAACACACACAUCACAUGCAGCUGGCUCAGACAUUUUUCCCAUCAUGCAUCUGUGCAACAGCAUUACCCAUACUGCAUCUGCUGGAUGACCAAGAUGUCAACUCAGAUGGCAUAUCAGUGGCUGAAGUGGCAGAGAAGGUCAUUUGGACGUGUAUCGUGGAGGAUCCCAUCCUCUUUCUCCGACACUUCCUGGAGAAACUAACACAUAAGGACAAACAGGAAGAACUGCUGUACCUGUUAAGGAGGAUGGUGCUGUACUUCCAGGACCUGCCCGCCCAAAUGGCUCACUCACUCUACAACUACUUGACUGGCUAUGUUAUGUUCUAUGUUCGGAGUCCUUGUUCCGGUAGUCAGGAGGCAAUCGCUGGGGCCCUCGGUCUUAUCUGGCAGGUGAUCCCCAGCGUAGAUGAUUUAUAUUUCAAAGAUCUGAAGCAGACCCUGAAGAAGGAACAGUGUGAUCCAUACAUCAUGAUAUCAGCCAACGUGCCCAGUGCCAAGAAGAUUAUAAUUCAUGGCACUGACCAAACUGGUAUACCAUCGCAACUUCCCAUACAUGAGGACACCCAGUUUUCCCAGAUUCUCCAGGAAAGUCUGGAUUUCUUCAAUGUCCCGGAGGAUGAAUAUCCCUCCUACUUCCUAGUAGAUACCAAGUCAAACCAGAUCCACAACCUAAACGCGUACGUCCGAGAUUUCUACUUCUUCAGGAGAAAUGUCUAUCCCCAGCUGAGUCUGGUCAAAAUGAACCCUGACCAUGCCUUACAGAGUCUGGAGAAACAGGCAUUUAUCCUGAAGUUUGUGGAGAUAGGAAAGGUCUUGUUUACACAUUCGGUGCUACAGAGCACAGCUCCACAUCAGAUGCAGAAUCAUGUGUCAUUCUUACAUGAAGAAUUUCUGAAGCAGCCGUCAUUUCCACGCAAAGCUCUGGAAGCAGAGUUUGGACUGUACCAUGGAAAAUGGGGGGAGGAGCUGUUUGGCCUGGAUACUCUACACAAACUCUCUUGGGUUAAGUUGAUGUCGGCCAUCUUUAAAACAAUGACAAGUACGUUUUCCUGGACUAAUGACCUCCAGUUGUUCCUGAACGUGAUAAAUGGUUGUGUGAUCCUACACUGUGAAGACACUGCUCUGCUCAGGUUCUGUCUGUCCACCCUCAUCAACACCUGUCGACACUUCAAACACAUCUUCUCCAUGAAUGGGUUCCUGUACCUGAUGCCUACACUGCUGAAGAUCUACAGUAACAACCAGCCUAACCCUGUCCUGUGUCAGGCUAUCGAGUAUGUUUGUAAACAGUUCUACAUCCUACACAGGAAACCAUUCAUCCUACAGAUGUUUGGCAGUGUCACCCCAUUACUCGACAUGACCUCUGAAGACACAGGACUUGUAGAUUGUAGAAAGGUGCAGCCUGCUUGCCUCUUCAAACUGCUGCUAUCCCUUGAGCGUGACACAGCAGAUAGUCUGUGUAUGCUGGAACUCAUUCAAGGAGAGAAACCACUCCGUGCUCUGGAUUUCUGUUAUGAGAAUGACCCGGACCGCCUGGAGAUGAUCGAGGUCAUCAAUAUGUGUGUUACAGUGAUUGGCUACGCUCCAGACUCCUUCAGGAGUGUUCAGAUGCUUACUGUACUAGAGGUGGUGGUUACACGAUAUCUGGACCAUCUUCGUUUGGAGACAACACGCCAGGACAAUCCACCUGCAGCCCGAGCAGAAAUCGGCAUCAUCAACAACAUGGGAAUUUCCAUCCGAGCAUUGCUCAGUUGCUGUGAAUACUUCACUAGGGGGCUAGGGGGUGAAGGUUUUGACUCGUUACAGACUUAUAUAGAUGUUUCCAGCCUCAGAGACCUUAGAGGUUUGACUGCACACUUUUUCAGGAACAUGAGUCUUCCUCAGCGUCAGCUGGAGAGUGACAAACCAAAUGUGAAGUCUAACCAGAGUAACCAUUCGCCUCUGGGUGGGACCAGUUACUAUGACGACAGGGAGGACUCGCAUGCUAGCUGUCGUCACAUGGAGGAAGGUCGUAAAAAGGUCUACACACAAGACAGUGAGGACAUGGAAAUGAGAACAGAGUUCCGUAAACCUCGGGACUCUCUCCUCAGUGUGGUGGCCGAGUUUUAUGCCACCUGUCAAAGUCGUCUCAAGGAGCUUCGCAAAAUGUUACAGGACCCUUCCUUCAGACCUCCAGAACUUCUGGAUCAUAAGGCACACAAUAGAUUGGCUGAGAUCGCCAACACACUGCUGAAGCUUGCCCCCUACGAUCCCGAUACUCUGAGGUGUACAGGCCUACAAAGGUACAUGACAGAAAUUUUGCCAAUUACUGACUGGAAACAAGAGGCCAUCCGACCAGGAUUGAAUCUGAUCCUCCGACGACUUGAUAGACUAUUUAACAAGAUUUCUAAAAAGACUGCCCUUAGAAGACAAGCGGAUUGGGAUGCAGCUGCUAACCUACUAAAAGGUGUAUUUCUCACACUGAAGAAGUUCCAAUACAUAGCACAUCUCCCACAUCUGAAGGAUAAUCCCGCAGAUAGAAGUCAAAGCCAUAUGUCUAAUAUACUACAGACAUUAAUCGGUGCUGUCCUCAGUAUCAUACUGUCUGGACCAGGGGGAGCCGUGCUGCCUGAAAACUUGUUCAGUUUUCACGGAAGCCACCGUAUUGAACACAUCACGCAGAGUAUACUUACUCCACCGUCAUUUUCUUCUGCUGUUGUCAAACUAGUAGCCAUGCAGAUGGCUGCUCUAGGGGAGCAGUUCUCCCUGGAACAGAUCUGCGGAGGAAUGGCGGAGUUCCCUACUCCAGAGAGAUACAUUAACAUUCUGGUAAACUUCAUCUUACCCCUGUGUGUGCGCCUGGGCUGUGGUAGGCGAGACACACCCAAGAUGAAUACAGAGGAUGUCAAGUUCGCUCUCCAGGUCAGCUUGAACAUACUGUGCCCGCCAAUAAAGAUCCGCUCCCAGCAGCAGGGUAACACUAAAACCACUCUGCAUCAUCUGUCCAUCAGCGAGAACCACCGAUGUAGCAGCUACGGACAGCUGGACAAGGGUUUCAAGCAUGAGAACGAGAUGUUACUACACACAGCUUACCUAGGUUUGGAGAUUUUGAUGACAUGCUUUGACAAGGUGCUGAGUACGGAGUGGCACAAGGUCACCCACUGCAUACAGAACCUGGGUUGUAAAAGUAAAGUUUCCCUACCCAUGUGGAAGUUCCUGGACUUUGUUGUAACCUACCGACCAUCCAUCUUUCUCUUACUCCAGCCAUUUAUACGAUACAAGAUUAUGCGUAUCAACUGCGACACUGCCCAGGAGUACUACAUUCAACAGACUAUCAAGGACAAGAUGCUCGGCUACAGCUUCACACAUCCGAAGUGUAACGCCAGCAUCCUACUCCAACUGGCUGUGGAGCUACAGGCACUCAAGGACGAAUUCCACACUGUUGGGGCAGGAGAGUUCCGGUCUGCUUCUGCUACUGACACAACAGAACGAUCGGACAUGCCACUGACCCAGAUCCCAGAACAGCGACGACAAGCUAGUAUCACAGAUAUUGCUGUGGAGAUUAUUAACCCUGUGUCCAAACCUACACUAGCUACUAUUGGGAAAAAGGCUAGCAGAGCCACAAUAUUUUCCCAGUCAAGUUCAAGUACAGGUGCUCCAUUCAAGACGACAGUUAUCACUUCGAGUCUUGACAGUACCAGUCCUGUCUUGUCGGAGAGAAAGGUCAGUCGCCGUAUUUCUGCCAAAGAUGGCAGCAACAUUCUGGAGAAGUUUCGAAGACCAACAAUGGAGGAUAUUUCUCCUGGAGAUACCAUAGUCAUGGCCGAGGCCACCAAGAUACAACGCCAGCCAAACAUUGUGCUGAGGUCACCUGGGGCGUCCAAACAGAAUAGCUUUGAUGAACCAGCCAGUGUUCUGUACGAAAGUGACGAAGGAGACACACCCAAUGGAGGAGGUAGUAUCUUAUCUGGUCAUUUUGGUGGAGUGACCACCCCCGACCUUGACCCUAGGUCACAUAGGUUUCAACGACAAGACAUCAAAAGCCGUAAAACAUUCAAACGUAAGAAAACAAAAACUUCCAGCAAAGGGCAUUACGGGAGCAAAAACAACUGUGAUGCGAAUGAGAAAUCUCCUCGAGGAUCACCUACGCGUCGCCCGGCCUACCAUGGAUCUCCAACGCAUAGGUAUCACGGUGCAUCUCCCCCGAAACCUCGCAGAUCACCACCUAACAGAUCGUACGCAUUCCUCCAAGAGAGGACUGAAACGGAGCUACAAAACCUUCGACAGGCGAGAGCCACAUUGGUGGGUUCAACGUCUCCAAGUGCCGCCCGGUCUGUGGAGACAAUUCCAGAAAGUGUAGAAAUGAAGCCAAGCAGGCCCCGUUAUAUCCAACGAUCCAAAUCACACGAUGAUCCCCAUGGAGACUUCCACGCCCCGGGAACUGCUAGAGGCCGAAUCGCCAGACAGGGUGCCCGCAUUGUGAGGUCAAGAUCACCAUCGUGUAGCCCUGUUCGAGUCGGCCAAUCCCCAACAGCUAGUCCAACUAGGAACCAGGCAUACAUUUCCCAGUAUGACUCCAGUGAUUCGCUGAAUGCCAAUGAAAGUUCAGCGUUGUUGAAGGAUGACGACUCUCUGAAUUCCCCUCAGUCCAUGUGUAUAUACUUUGAUGAGCGAGGAAGAACAAGAGAUACGGUCAUGUGAUACAGAAACAGAAUAUUUCAAAGUUGAAUGAAUAUUCAUAAGUAGUAGUAGUAGUAUCGUUGAAUCAUAUUGUUUUAGAAUUCUUGAUAUUAUGAAACUGAUCUUGUGAAAUUUUUAGACUUUGUGACAAUAUUUGAAUACCAAACAUUUGUUGAUACAUAAGGGUCAUACAAAGAAAUAGUGAAGGAAAAUAUGUUGGUAGUAUGAAGGUGGCGUCUGGUACAAGAGGUAUGGUAUCGAGGUCUUACCGUCUUGAUUGUUGAUGUGUACGUUUGUCCGUCCAUUUGUUACAUGUGUUGUCUGCAAUACAGAGAGAAAAAUAUCACUUUCAAUCGUUCAUUUAGACAAAAAUAUCAAUAUUCACUUCACAAUGCUAUAAAAUGAAACUAAUAUUAGAAGACCCAAUUCUUUACCUAUUGAAUUGUUCAUCGUUUUAAUGAAUCAUUUUUAUUUUUGAAAAUGAUUCAUUUAUCUAGAUCCCAAAUGGAAAUUUAUUUAGGUAAAUUUAAUAUAACUUGCAUCAGCCUGAGUUUCCUCUGGUCCUGACACCAUGCAUGUCUGGUGUAGGACAUGGUGUCAGGGCCAGAGGAAACUAAGGCUGAACUUAAACGUGUUCAGGAAGAAGCAACCUAGCUGUACAUGUGAGUGUCAAUAUCUCAUUGUGUUUAAUAUACUGACGGUAUGGGAGAAAGUAUCGUAUGUUUUGUAUGUGGUGUAUUAUGUAUACAUUGUAUACAGUAUAUUUGGUCCUUUGGUUUGAGAAUCAAAGAACAGUAGUCGGUAUAUACACAUUGGUACCACAGCACUUCCAGAGUAGCCUUAACACAUGUUCAGGUGUAUUUCUGCUGAAAGCAUCAUUGCAUUUGAGGAUAUUAAUAAAAUCAUGUUAAGUCCAGUGAUUUCAAAACUAUUUGGAAAAUCACAAAAGUCCAUGAUGAUUUGGGGAACAUGGAUACCAGUUUGUUUUGUUAUAUAUUUAUGCGGUGAUGCGCUUACUGGAAUUAGGAGUAUUGUUAGAUACCGUUACAUGUUUGUGGUAGUCUUGUUAAACUUGUAAAAGCUACAAGAGGCAUAACACCAAGAAGUUCAAUUGUUAUUGAUUGACUUGUCAAUUUGCUACCAUUGACAAAGCAUUCAUCACAGUAAAAUCUUACAGUUACAGUAUUAUUUUUAAACUUAAACAUUGUUAAAAAUACACAUUAUUUAUUCUACAAUUGUAAAACAAGUUACAUCAACUUACAUUAAUCAUGGAUGGAAGCUCGCGAGGGGUCUUACUGUGGGCGGAAACCGGAGUACCCGGGGAAAAGAAAACCCACGCGGUCAGGCAGGUGACCCCUAUAUACCUUUUCACUUUCGAUCGGGAAUCAAUCCCCAGCCGCCUACGUGAAAGAGAUGUGUGUUACAACUAUGCCACCAACCUCCCCAUGUAACACUUUUAAAAUUGUUGAUAAUGAUAAAUAGUCAAAGAUGUUCAGCUAUAUUUGCUGCCAUCUUGAUUGUUACAUUUCGAACUGUCACUAUUUAUAGAAUUUUUUGUUUAUGACAUUAUUUUUAACCUUUUUAUUUUGGGUCCCAGAGGGAAGAUUUUGUUCACGUUUCAUUUUCUCUUUUACUGUCGGAUGAAUUAUAGUUUAUAGUUGUCAUGGCAACUGAGACAUGUGCAAAUCUUGAACACGUGAUUUUAGAAAACGAAAUUCUUCCAGUUUUAGUCAUCUGGGAUAUUUUGUUUCAUCCAGACAUCUCUGGCAAGUCUCGCUGUUGACAAUUUUACUAUUUACUAUUAUAGUACUAAUCAAAGAGUGAAUUUAAUAGAUGGAAUCUGCUGUGAUUUUUAUGUUUAACUGAUGAUAAUGAAUCAAUCUUUGUUGAAUGAUUUGAUACAUUUGUUGACGGGUAAAGCAUAAAGAUGAAAGUCAGCCCAUUUAAUAUGUUUUUUGAUACUACCAGUAUAUGUCAGAUUUCAUUUCCAUGUCGUAAUUAGGAGUCCCCAAAGGUCAAUCAAACUGAAAUUCUGACUUGCUUCUUCAAAUAUAUUUUGUAUUGCUGUGUAAGUGAAAGUUACCUCUGCUAUGUAAGGAUUAAUAUUGCUUUGUAACUAAUAUUGCAUUAUCAUUUCAGCUGAUAACAAUUUGUUUCGCGUUGUUGGCCAAGUUGACCGAUGAAAUACACAGAGUACGUUGUGUGAUCGGGAAGGCUUUAAUCAUUCAGGAAAGAUGUUAAAACUUAUGUGGAUGAGAUUUGUUUUAGGUGAAGAGAGGGUGUAGAUUCUGAAACACAUGAGCAGUAUUCAACUUUCCUCAUUGGAGGAAGAAGUAGAAUGCAAUUGCGUUGAUUUUAAUUUUCAAAGAACUGUUGUUUACGGUCAAAACCAUUGAUAUUUAUUGUUUGUAAAUGGGUCACACAGUCAUAACUGAAACCAAAGUACUAACUGCUGUCUGUAAAUAAAUUUGCAGAUUAAUUCCUACAUAUAUAUCAUUUCAUACUAAAUGCUUAGCAAGGAAUCAUCACCACGUCAAUUUUAUGUUCAAUAUAUAUACAUUUUCUGUGUGCAAUAUAUUUAUUAGUUUAUAUUUAUUUUUAGAUUGUUUUUAUUCUGGUGUAAAAUGUAGCAUUUCCAUGUACUAUGUUGAUAUUUAUGAAAUAUAUACCAUUAUUUACUCACUAUUUAACCGUGUAUGGGUGAUAACUAGUUGUUGGUGUUAUGCUGUUAAAGAUAUUUAUAAUCAACCAAAGUGAUGUUCACAAUGUUAGUAAAUAAAAGUUAAUCAACUUUACGA